UUCAAUAAGCGAGGUCCUAUCCUGUCCCCUGUCGCCUACCCUUAUUAUGUCUUGGAGAACCCCAGGCGCGGACGGGACAGCGCAGCAACUGAGUUACAAUUAGAUCAAGUGGUCUGUGUGUCAUAAGCUCAGUCGCUCCCUAGUCAUCCAAACAGCACGUCAAUCGACGGUUAAUUAUCGAUUUAUAUCCAUUUCAGUAGGUCAAUUUCUUGCGCUCAUCGUGACUAUCAUCAACUUCUCAAGAUGCCUCCAGCGCCAAGCCAAAAAGGUACUGGGAAGAAGAACUCGGGUAUUGUUCGUCAGCGCAGUCGCAACACCACACCAAGCGCAGGCCUUCCACCCUCAGGAAACCCGAACCUGCCAUCCAGUGAUUUCGUCGAGACCGAGUUCAUCAAAGAGCUGAAAUUCGAGUCGUUACCUUCUAUAUCCUUCGACGAUUUGGCCGAGUCGAACGCCUCGAAUGCUGCCAUACCAGAUGCAAAAAGCCUGGAUGGCCUGAUAGCCCGCCUGGAGAAGCUUCACGACACCAUUGAGAGCCGAGGCGCGUUCUGCGACCGUGGAAUGCGACUUGUCGCCGGCGAGAGAAGCAAGAUGCAUUUCGAAGACCUGUCCGCCUCUGGAAGGGAUGAAGCGAAGCCGCGCCGAGAUGAUGAAGAGAGGAAAGCCAAUAAGAAAAAGAGAAAGGCAAACGACAGUCUUGCUCCGCCGCAAGAAGGCAAACCAGAUCGGUCAUCACCUAAACGAGAUUCGAGCAAACCUCGUAAGCUCUCCCGCGACAACGAUUCCGCCAGCUCGUCCCUCUCACCAGUUGCCAAAGAAACACCUGGGGCUAUGGACGUAGACGAGAAGCAGAAGCCCAAAGAGGAGAAGGAGGAUGACGAUGAUGAGAGCUCUGAGGAUGAAGGUGCCCCUCCAAGACGCGAAGCUCCUCAAUUCCAGACCUUUGGCGAAGACCCCUCCACAUAUCCCGAUCCGACUGUAUAUGAGAUUCUUCCAGUCACACCAGACAUGCCACCAGAUCAGCGGAGGGAAAUAUAUAGUGUGGCAGUUUACCCAGAAACAGAUCUUGCCGACCUCAUCGCUGGCGAUCCGCCUGACAAGGACUUCACCAUUGCCAAGCCAACAAACCAGAUCUCCUUCGGCACUUUCACAACCUACAUCGAGCCCUACUUCAGAACCUUCAACGAAGAAGACCUGGCCUUCCUCAGAGAACGCGGCGACCGCGUCGCGCCCUUCGUCAUGCCCAAGCGCGGAAAACGACACUACUCGGAGAUAUGGGCAGAAGAGGACGGUGCGAUGGCCAUAGACUCUACCCCUCCUGGCCGCGACACGCUGCCUCCGAACCAGCCUCGUGGUACUAUCGACCAUAUGGCUGAUGAUACAGCAGAGUCCGACAAGCUCUCGGUAGGGCCAAUUCUUUCACGUCUACUCCAGGCCAUGCGCCCCGAGGCACGCGCUCAGUCUAGUGAAGACAAGGCCAUGACCAAUGGUAUCAACGGCGAAUUUGAGGUUAAGACCGAGACGAACGGUGAAGCGAAUGGGAUUAAUGGGAUUAAUGGGAUCAGUGGAGUCAACGGAGUCAAUGGGGUCAGUGAGGAAGAUAGCAAGAGUCUACCACCUGCUUCAUGCAUGCCGGAAUCCAGUAGCGAGGCUUGGAAGAAAGCUACGCAUCCUAAGCUGGACUAUACACAAGUCGAUGAGCGCAUCAAGCAGGAACUACGCCAUAUCGGGUUCCUGCCGCAAGAUGGGUUUGAUGGCGACUACGAUGGCCACUUCGAUGAUGAGGUUGCAGGCCGUUUGCGGCUGCUCCAGAGCCGGCUGCGCGACCAAAUGCUAAUUAAUGGUGCUCGCAAAGCAAGGCUCACGGAGCUUGUUAAGGAACGAAUGGCACAUCAAGAGUAUCAGACCAUCCUUGAAGAUCUUGACACCCAGGUCCAAGGCGCAUACCUUAAGAGGACGCGUACUCUGGGCAAAUCUAAGAAGAACAAGCGACCAGGCGGUGCUGGCGGGGGCAAUUCGGCAGCUGGCAAUGCCGCGGCGGGUAUGGCUCGACCGGGCAUCGGCGAUGUCGCAAAGACUCUCAUGGAACGCCGACGCCGGUGGAUCGAUAGCAUAGGCACUGUCUUUGACGAUCCCAAUCUCGGCAGGGUUCCUCGAGCAUCGGAUCCUGACAGUUCCAUUUUCAAGCCCGAGGUGAUGCAGCCCUUGACGAAAGCGGAGCGACAGGUUUGGGAUGAAGAAGCCGAAGAGGAAUGAGCUAUGUAAAUUAAUGAUUUGUAUUUGGCCUCUGUGGAAAGAACUACUGGCGAUGUUUUUCACCAUGAUACCCUCAUAGGCGUUCGGUGUUCCCUCCUGGAAUUAUGGUUAAAAGAGCAGUGCAGCAAUGAAGCACACAGUCAAGUUCUUGGUGGAGUUGGUGGUCAUUGAGCAAUGAACAAGAAGUCCCUAUUGUACAAUGACACUCCCCAAUAGCAAGGCACACUUUCCAUUGUACAUGCUACAUGAGUUUUAGAAUUAUGAAACUUGUUCUAUAUAUAUUGAAUAUCUUUCAGAUACCUUCACAGUCUUGUGGAUAACACUGUUUAAACAACAGUAACUUCCCUGUUUGAUCUGCUGUACGCCUCCCUGAUUUAGAGUCAAAUCCUAGGGGGGUCUAAAGUUGGG